AUGCCUAGCAAGCCAGAAUGGAUCCUCGCCCCGGCCGACAUACAACCCAACACAACAAUAACACUCGGCAAACUAAUCGUCAACCCCCUCACCCCAGAAGGUCCACCAUAUCUCGACCCCGCGCUGCCCAUCCCGCCCGGCGCCACAACCGAAUUCAACUACCCCUGGACGCGUGAGGUCUCGCAUGAGCGCUCGGGCAUGGUCGGGCUGUUUGGGUCAUUCAUGGCAAACGUCGGUCUUGGCGGGGAUGUGAGCGCCCAGUUUGACCGGCAGCACAAGUCGCGUGUUGAAGUUGCCAGACUCCAGACGGUGAAGUUUGAGCCUGGGGACGAGUAUCUGGAGAAGACGCUGAAUGGGAAGCUGAAUUUGAGGUAUUUGAAAGAGUCGGGGUUUAGGAAGUCGAUCUAUGUUGUUACUGGGGUGAAGGUUGCGUAUGGGGGGAAGACAACCGUGUCCAAGGGGAGGGGAACCGGAGGGGAAGGCAAUCUUGGGAUCAGUCCAGGUGUUCCAGGCCUCGAGCUUGGCCCAAAGGCAGGGUUGAGCUGGAAGAAUGAGGAGAGCGAGGAGAUUGGGGAGCCAAUUGACUUUGUGUAUGCGUUUCGGCUGAACAAGGUCCGUUAUUCACGACGGAGGGAGAGGUUUGUUCAGAAGUAUACCAAGGGAAUUGUGUUCUCGCAGCCGAUCUCGUUCGAUCCGCGCAACGUCGCCGAGCCUGAAGUUGUCCCUGAAGUUGUCCCAGUACAGUCGGAGUAUGAGAUUGAGGAUGAAGGAGUGGAACUACUAAGGCUAGAAGAGAUAUCCCAAGAUGAGUUUGGUAUUACGGGCCAAGAAGUCUUGGAUGAAGGUGGUGAGGCUUGUACACUGCUUGCGCCUUGA